AUAGGCGACAUGAACUCAAUCCAGCUCGAUUUCCAGAGUCUUCUUCCGCGUUUUACCGUCCACCGCUGAUGACUGAGAAGACUUUUUACCUUGAGUAUGUCGCUAUGUAUCGCUCCGCAGGGUCGGUGAGACUUUAAAAAAAUAUCUCCAUGCCGUUUUAAAGCGAAAUAACUUCUAUCUUUAGCACAUCACACAUCAUGUAUUCGGUUUGUAAAUGUUCUAUACGAGUUGUGCGCAAUUUUAAACUAACACUGUCUUAAACGUUAAAGUGGGUCUAUUUGUCCGUUGCAGUGACAGGCAGUGUUUCGGUCUCUCUUAAACAUGGCCACCAUGAUGGAGUAAACGCUACAACUUUCAAAUUCAUAUAAUCGAGGAAAACUAUGCUUCUUUCACCCAAAUGAGGAAUGUUUCGACCUGAAAUAUCGUACCAAGCGCCUAACCCACAUGAGAGCUUUGGGAAAAGUUUCUUCUUGGAUUACAUUCUGAAUUAAGUUGGCUGGAAGCUGGAAAGGAAAAAAGAGAAUUGCAUCAAUUCCAAUGUCAUCAGAGGAUAAGAGUCUGGAGCCCUCUGAGCAAGGACCAUCUCCUCCCCUGAGCAGUGCUGGGGCCACGCCCUCAGGGAGCCCGGCCCCCUCAGAUAGACGCCCACGGGGCCGGCCAUGCAAGGAUGCUUCCUCUCUCACACCCAAGUCCAAAAGAAAGUCUCGUAGUCGAGGUCGUGCACAGGCCGAUGAUGAGGACAGCAUGGAUGCCACUGAUUUCACACCAACUCCAGACGUUGACAUUGCAUUGGAGAUGGAUGUGGUGGAGCCAGAAACGGAUGAUGAUUUUCCUGAGCCACUGGAUCUCAGCCCCAGAUAUGAGAGGCCUCUGUCCCUGCUCUUCCAGCGCUCCGUGUCUGAAGACUCUGCUGGCUCCUCUGCCUCCACCACCAGAAAAGCCCAUACUAGAGAAAAGCUCUGUGCCUUCUGCUACUGUGGAGAAAAGAGUCUCUUGGGUCAGGGUGAGUUGAAAUUGUUUGGACCCACGCCUGGUUACGUCCCCCUGCACAUCCGGAACCGCCGUGGCAGCUCUGAGAAGGACGACGAUUACCAUGACGACGACAAUGAUUUUGAUGACAAUGACAAUAACCGGAGCCCAGGGCAUCGUGGGUGCGGCCUGAAAAAGGUCAGCUCUCCAGACAGCGGCCUGCACUCAACCUCUGCUCCAGGUAGUACAGACCCCGCUGCUGAGGAGCCCGGCCGGAAGUUCUGGGAUGAACUGGGCCAAAUUGGCCUUCCUGAUGACAUUAACGUUGCGUCUUUAUUCGACCCCACUGGCCAGUGUUGCGCUCACCUGCGCUGUGCCGCCUGGUCGGAGGGUGUAUGCCGCGGGGAGGGACAGUCGCUGCUGUAUGUGGACAAAGCAAUUGACUCAGGGAGCACAGAGUGCUGUGCAUACUGUAAGCGCCUUGGAGCAUCCAUAAAGUGCUGUGAGGAGAGCUGUGGGCGCUCCUUUCAUUACCCCUGUGCAGCUGCUGCCGGAAGCUUCCAGGACAUAAAGGCAUACACCCUCCUCUGCCCGGAUCACAUCCAACAAGCCCUUGUCCGAUCGAAAGAUGAGGUGAACUGUCUGGUGUGUGACAGUUCUGGAGACUUGCUCGAUCAGCUCUUCUGCUGUACGUGUGGCCAGCAUUACCAUGGGGCCUGUUUGGACAUCACUGUCACCCCACUGAAGAGGGCCGGCUGGCAGUGUCCUGAGUGCAAAGUGUGCCUCGCAUGCAAGAACCCAGGGAAUGACAGCAAAAUGCUGGUGUGUGACAUGUGUGAUAAAGGGUGUCAUACCUUCUGCCUGCAGCCCGUCAUGGACACAAUACCCACCAACGGCUGGAGGUGCAUGAACUGCCGAACGUGUGCUCAGUGUGGCGUGAGGCCUAACGGCCAGUGGUCAUCUAAUGGUGUAAUGUGUGAAGGAUGUCAACAGCAGCAUGAUUCAGCGCUGGUAUGCCUCAUCUGUGGGCAGAAUCAGGACUCUGGCGGCCCUCUGGACAAACACUCAUGCUGCACUUGUAAGAGGUUUAUCCUUGUUGCAAAUGUCUUCAUGGCUGUUGAAGAAGUAAAUGAGGCUGAGGAGAAAGUGACGUUGGAGCCAGAGGCCAGUGCUAGUCCACUUCCUACAUUGCCAGAAGAGUUCCUGUCAUCUGCUGAACCUGCCCAGGAGAUCCAGGUUACUGUCACUCUGACAGAGGGUUCCGAGCCUCCUCCGUGCACAUCCACUAUAGUGGGUGUACCCUCCCUCUCCUUUCAGGCCUCUUCCAAUACUGAAGACCAUAACCAGGAGCACAGUCUCAUUGGUGCUUUGGAAAUGGGGAAGGAAACGGAGGAUAAGCUGCCUGAUACUACAGAGGAUGAACCUGAAGCAGACGUUUCAAAAGCUCUUCCUGCUUUGCCAACCAAAGAAACUUCCCCCAAACACUCUCGAGCACAAGAGGAAGAACCCAUGGAUGUCUGUCCCUCAGACCCAUCCAGUAUGAAGGAUAAAAGUAUGACAGAUGUCCCAGAAUCCCAGAGUGUUGUUGAGGAAAUUGAGCAGGGACAGAAUCAAGACAAACAAGAGCACGAAGAGGAGAAGGUGGCAGAUCCUGAAGUCACUUGUAUUUUACCUGAGCCUGAUAGUGUCCCACUGGUUGCAGAGUGCAGUCCUACCGUGGAAAUGGAAACUACACCUGUCAGUGACCACAGUUUCUCCAGUUUCAGCUCUCCCAUUGAGGAUAAAAGCCUCGUCUUGAAGCAUUCCCCAGGACUGUCCCCUGAUGGAUUAACCAAGUUGACCCAGUCCCCAUUUUCCACUGAAGCCUCACCGAGGGAGACGUCUCAAAGCCAGACGCCUACCCAUGGCCUGAAUCUGGCUGGAUACAGCCCCAGUGUUUCCAACACCACCUUCUUCCCCAUUACGCCCAAGAUAGGUAUGGGAAAGCCAGCCAUCUCGAAGAGGAAGUUCUCUCCAGGAAGGCCAAGGGUAAAGCAGGGUGCAUGGAGUAACCGUAGCGCAAUGAGCUCGCCCUCCUGGUCUCCAGAGCGCUCGGAUGCCUGGGACAGCCCUAAGACCAGGCUGAUGCACGGGCUGCCCAUCUGGACCAUGAGAUUGGGUCGUGGAUCUGGAUUUGCUGGAAGGCGGCGACCCAGGGGAGCUAACCUGUCUGGGAGAGGUGGCAGGGGACGCUCCAGGCUAAAGACGGAGAGCAGCCCUGUGGUGACUCCUGGGGUGAGCUUAAUGGAUUCUCCAUAUGUGGUUAAAGAAGAGGAGGAGAACUCCAUGCACAGCACUGUAGUCCUGUUCUCCAGCUCUGACUCUUUCACACUUAAACAAGACAUGUGUGUGGUGUGUGGAAGCUUUGGUCAGGGUGCUGAGGGCAGAUUGUUAGCCUGCUCCCAGUGCGGCCAGUGCUACCACCCCUUCUGCGUCAAUAUUAAGAUCACAAAAGUGGUGUUGAGUAAAGGCUGGCGCUGUCUGGAGUGCACAGUUUGUGAGGCAUGUGGGCAGGCCAGUGACCCCGGGCGCUUGCUGCUCUGUGAUGACUGUGACAUUAGCUACCACACAUACUGUCUGAACCCACCACUGCAGAAUGUACCCAAAGGCAGCUGGAAGUGCAAGUGGUGUGUAUUGUGUACUCAGUGUGGAGCCACGUCGCCUGGCCUGCGCUGUGAGUGGCAGAAUAACUACACGCAAUGCGGUCCGUGUGCGAGUCUCACGGUUUGUCCUGUGUGCGCGCGUAGCUACAGACAGGAAGAGCUUAUCCUACAGUGCCGGCAGUGUGACAGGUGGGUUCAUGCCUCAUGUCAGGGGCUGAACUCUGAUGAAGAGGUGGAGAGUGCAGCAGAUGAGGGCUUUGACUGCUCUCUAUGUAGAACACAUACCAUGUCCACACCUGGUGGCACAGUGGCAAAGGUCAUGGACAUCAACGAGCCUCCUGUAGUGGCACAGCUUCUUACGAAAGUCAAGGAAAAUGAAUUCCAACGGACCUACACUCAGGAUGGUGUGUGUCUGACUGAGUCAGGCUUGUGCCAGCUCCAGAGUUUAUGUGUCCAGGCCGCCCGCCGCAGACGACCCAAACCCAAACUUAAGCUGAAGAUCAUCAAUCAAAACAGUGUGGCUGUGUUGCAGACAACCCCUGAUCCCCAGUCUGAGCUCUUCAGGGAUGGAGACAUGGACGACAGUAGAGGUAUUGGUGGGUUUAUGGUGCGUCAGAGGAGCAAAGCAGGGCAGGGGAAAGGCAAGCGGUCUCUCAGUUGGAAAAACUCCACAAGCUCACUUACAGAGAACUUCACAGGAAAGGAAGAAGGUUGGAAUGAACCAGACAAUCCUGUGGAUGGGACACCCAUCAUCAGUGAGCCUCUGGAGAAAGUCAAGAAGAGAUACAGGAAGAAAAAAACCAAACUUGAGGAGGCCUUCCCCUCGUACCUACAGGAGGCGUUUUUUGGGAAAGAACUUCUGGGUAAAAGCAAGCAGACCAAGCCAGCUCUGAAAACAGGGCUUGUGGAGGAAGAAGCCAGUCAUGCAGACAGUAAAUCACAGAGCAGCAGCUUCCUUGACCCUUUAUCUGACCCACUUCUGAGUACCACUUCCACUCCAGUCUCGUCUAAAGCAGGACCACUGCCCAAUGUGGAGGAUCCCUUAGCCGAGCUGGUUCUACAUUCAGAUGAUGAUCUCCUGGGAAUGCUGUCCGAUGACCUAGUCAAGCCAGGCACUGAAUCAGGUCUUGAUUUAUGCCAUUUCCAGGUGGACAGUUCCCCCUCUCCAUUCGCUGGUUUGGACAUUGGCAUCCUGCCGGACGAUCGGUCAGCUCCUCCUCAACCUGGCCCUGCUCGAGGGUCUCAACCACUACAGGAAGAACCACUGGAUGUAAUAUUGAGUCCUGAGCUGGAUAAGAUGGUUUCCGAUGGGGCCAUUCUGAAUAAGUUCUACAAAAUUCCAGAGCUGGAGAGUAAAGAUGUGGAAGACUUAUUCACCGCAGUGCUCAGUCCAAACGCCAGCCAGCCUCCUCAACUUCCUCAUCCACCCAACACUGCCCCCAAUGCCUCGGCUACAGCAAUGUCUCUUCAGAACCCAGGAGAUGUUGGUGGAAUGUUCCUACGCAUGCCUAUGAUGAAUGGCAUGAUGGGGCCAAACACCCACUUUCCUCCAAACCCCGUGAUUACUGGAGCUGGAGUGUCUGGGACAUUCUCUUCCAUUCACCGCAUGCCUUUUCCAGAAAAUGUGAGGGAGAAGAAAUUCAGCCAGAUAGGGGGUGAUGUGAUUGAUCCCUGGGCUUCUCCUGUUCCCGUGCCUGAAUCUGUCCCUCCUCCAGAGGUGGAGACUGACACCAUGUCCAAUGCUCAGAGGAGCACGUUAAAGUGGGAGAAAGAAGAAACUCUUGAUGAAAUGGCCACUGUGGCUCCUGUUCUUUACACCAAUAUGAACUUCCCUAACCUUCGAGAUGAAUUUCCAGAUUGGGCAACUAGAGUGAAGCAAAUUGCAAAGUUAUGGAGGAAAGCUAGUUCUCAGGAAAGGGCGCCUUAUGUGCAAAAGGCUAGAGACAACAGAGCAGCCCUUCGUAUAAACAAAGUUCAGUUGUCUAAUGACACAAUGCAAGGACAGCAACAGCAGCAGCCAGCUGAUCUUUUUGAUCCCAAUGUUCCCAUGGACACAGAUCUGCUCUUCAAAGACCCGCUCAAGCACAAGGAGUCUGAGCAUGAACAAGAGUGGAAGUUCAGACAGCAAAUGAGACAAAAGAGCAAACAACAGGCAAAAAUUGAAGCCACGCAAAAGUUAGAACAGGUUAAAAAUGAGCAGCAGCAACUUCAGAAACAGCAGCAACAACAAUUCAGUGGAGACGCCUCUAAAAGUGGUAAUCAGAGUCCAAUGGCAACACAGCCCAGCAGUGGAGGUAAUGCUUCUCCUUUGCAAACAUUAAACCCCAAGGAUAGCUUUACAAGGACUCAGAUGCCUGGAACGGCAACAUCAGUUGCAUCAACAGAUGAUGUAUUUCUACGUCCUCAACCACCACCCCCUUCAUCCACAGCAAUGACCCCUACCCAGGACACGCCGUACCCACAGGGUCCCUCAUCUCAGCCUCAGUCUCCUCAAAUGUUUUCGUCUGAAUCAUCUGGAUCCCGUCCUUCUUCUCCAUGGGAUCCGUAUGGCAAAAUGGUGGGAACCCCCAGGCCACCACCAUCUGGUUCAAGCACACCUCGUAGAGGUUCUGUGUCACCAGCCCAUGAAUCCUUUGGGUCUCCAACAUCCGCUAGCACUGACCCAUAUGCAAAGCCUCCAGACACACCUCGACCAUCAGACCUUUUUGUGAAACCUAUGUGUCCACCUAGACCAGGACCAUUAUCUGAGCAACAAGGACGACAUUUUAUCAGUAAUGUCACACCUGGAGACAGUUUUUCCAGACCAGGCCAAAGAUCAGAAGCUUACCAGCGCAUGGCCCACAGCCGCAUGGUUCUUUCUGACCCCUACUCUAGGCCACUUUUAACACCUAUUCCGGGGAGUAAUGAAUCAGGAUCUGUGCCAGUGUUCAAAACACCCGUGCCUCCUUCCCAGUUACAACAAGACUCAUUCAGUGCAGGGCAGCAAGGCAUGAGAAGGGGGUCAUCUGACACUUUAUCCCAAGUUCAACAUUCUGACCCUUAUUCACAUCAGCCUCUUACACCUCAUCCAUCAAUGGGAGAUGGUUUCAGUAAUGAGGGCAGAAUGAUGCGUCCAGGACAAGGCAGUCAUUUUGCCCAACCCUUGCCCAUGAGCAGACACCCUCAACGAGAUCCAUAUUCACAGGCACCACCUAGACCAGACUACAUUCAGCAAAUGCCGGAUCCAUAUGCUCAGCCUCCUGGUACUCCUAGACCAUAUGAUCCAUAUGCCCAGAUGCCUGGUACCCCAAGACCACACUCUGAUCCAUAUACAUUGCCACCAUCCACACCUAGAACUGCCACAAUUGAUCAGUUUUCUCAGUCACAAACUAACAGUCGCAGGCAAUCUCCAUCUCAUGCUAUCGAUCCAUAUGCUCAGAUGCCAGGAACUCCAAGGCCUUCUUCUGAAGAGAGAUACCCUAAAUCACCAAGUAGUCAGAGAACCUCAGAUCUAUUCUCACAGUCUUCUGGAACUCCUAGGCCAAUCAAAAAGGAAGCUUAUCAUCAACCACUAGGAACACCAAGGCCAGUUCUUACUGACCCAUAUUCUCAACCCCCUGGAACCCCACAUCCAGGAAUUGACCCAGAAGCCUUCCCUAGAUCAAUUCCAAGAGUAAACUUCAUGUCCCAUCAAACAGAUCCACUUAACCAUCAAGCACACAGUAGAAUGCAAGACCCAUUUGCUUGUCCCUGUGUUCUUGAUUCUCAAACCCACAAACAUCCUGGGAUUUCAGAUGAAAUUCUCUCUCUACAACAGUCAAACCCUAACCAGACACCUAUUCAUGAUUCAUUUGAACAAGCUCCUCUAACCCUAUGCUCACGAACAGGGGAUAGACUGUCACAUGAUGUUCCAGUAAACACUGGCAACCCAUCAGAUACACAGAACACAAUGCAACCACCACUUGGAGAGACUGAAGAGAAAAUUAAACAGCGCCAAAGACUACGGCAGUUAAUCCUCAAACAGCAGCAGCAGAAAAGCGCAAUCAGACAGGAAAGGGUACUCCAGGAGGCAACUCCUGUUGCUGCACCUGGGACUCCAAGGCAUUGGUCACAGGAUGAUUCUGGACCUCAGAAAUAUAUUUUUGGUAGACCCCCACCUCCGUAUCCAGGUACUGUGAGAUCUUCACCAAUUCAUCCAGGUCAAAGAUUUCCUGGAACUUUCCUUGCUGAUCAGUGUGGGCACAUGCCUGAUGAGCCCCAGUGCUCCCGACUACCAUUCCCCAGAGAUCUAAACAACACUGGCAUGAGUCAGCAAGGACAAAAAUUUGGAUAUCCUCCUGGAACUCCAAGCCAAGAACAUUUCCUCAGGCCCCCUCACCAGAUACAAGGUGGACCAAUGGUUGACAGUACUCCACCACAUAUGAGACGACCUGCUGAUGCUGUUAGGUCAAUAGGCAGUAAUCAUCAAAUGGGCCUACCCCAGCAUUUUCCCCCACGUGGCCUUCAAUUGCAACAGCAUAAUAUAAUGGGUCAAUCAUUUAUUGAACUUUGUCACAGGGCUCCAGAGAAGAGGGUCAGAUUACCUUUUGGUCCACCUAAUGCUUUGGACCAUCCUAAUCAUUCUCAGAGACCACCUCAUGGCUUCAUGGGAGGCCAAAAUAUGGCCUUUACAGGAAACCAAGGUCCCAGAAUUAUGGAUCCGAUGUUGGGCCAGUCACAACAAGGGCCAGUCAAUCACUUACAGACCUCAGCUACUAUGGAUAAUUUGCAUCACCAUACAAAUACAACUCCACAACAGACACCUCUGGCAGCACCACUUAGCCAUUCGGUUAGAAGUGAUUCAGCCGAAUCUGCUCUACUUCUUGUCACAACCUCUGGUCCAACAGAGGAAAUCCCAUUUCCAUGUAGCGAUGGUGUGGAGAAGCUAGAAACAGAUGACUCUGCUGUGAAGGACCUUGAUGAUGUGGAGGUCAAAGACUUGGUUGAUGAAGACCUAGACAACCUGAACCUUGAUGCAGAUGAUGGCAAAGAUUUAGACUUGGAAACAAAUGAUCUACAUCUUGAUGAUCUUCUGGAAUCUGGAAAGUUUGAUCUUAUUGCUUAUGCAGAUCCUGAGCUUAACCUUGAGGACAAAAAAGAUAUGUUUAAUGAAGAGCUGGAGCUGAGUGAUCAUAUAGAAGAUGACCAUGGGGAUACCUCAGACCUUCAGAAAGCCUUGGCAGAAAAAAGAAAUGCCAGAUGUGGAGGUAUGUCCUCAGCUCAACCUAAACCAGAGGGCAUACAGGGUCAUAGUGAUGUCAAACUAGAAAAGAGUAUGCCAAAAGAGGUCCAGGAUCAUUCUCAGUCUGAAACGAUAAAAACUGAGGGCCAAGGACUUGGAACCUCAGGUGAAGAGCAUCGGCGUAUGAGUAGUAGAAGUGGUCAAGAUGAUGGUCUUUUUGUGCAUACUGGAUCUGUUCCAGUGCUGUCAAGUUUGUUGAUCAAGGAAAAGCUAGAGGACACUAGGAGUGAAUCCAUAAUUUCCCCUAUCCCAGGUGACCCAAAUGCCCAGACUAAUCUUGGCUCAAACAUGAGUAUGGUGAUGCUGCAAGGACAACCCCAAGAACAAAGGAUAAACCCUGGAGUACCAAUGGGGCACAGGAUAGAUAAAUCUCUAACCCAAGGGGCACUUUUAGGUAACACAAAUUUGAUACAGUCUGGUAACCAGCAGGUAGCACUUCAAGGCUUUGGACCUUCACAAGGACAACAAGUGGAUCUAAACCUGCAUGUGGUUGGUGGCCAGCAGCCUGUUCCCCAUCCUGUAAAUCACCAAACUCAACAAGGCAUGUUCAGUCCUGGGGCUACAGGGCAACAAGGGUCUCAAGCACAACAGAGUCAACAGAACAGGUCUCUUCUGUUAGAUGAGCAGCCCCUUCUUCUUCAAGAUUUGCUGGAUCAAGAGAGGCAGGAGCAACAACAGCAAAGGCAGAUGCAGGCUAUGAUUAGACAACGGUCAAGUGACCCUUUUUUCCAUAACAUUGACUUUGAUGCAAUUACUGAUCCAAUCAUGAAGGCAAAGAUGGUGGCUCUGAAGGGAAUCAACAAAGUGAUGGUACAGAACAGUAUGGGUAUGACACCCAUUGUUAUGAACAGAAUGCAACAGAUUCCAGGAUCGCAUGGCCCAGAUACAGCUGGUUUUUCGCAACAUUUUUUUGGACCGGAUGGAAAAUUGCCACCACAGAUUGCGAGACCCAAUCCCCCUAACUUUGGACCAGGGUUUGUCAAUGAUUCUCAGAGAAAACAAUAUGAGGAGUGGCUUCAGGAAACUCAACAGCUUCUUCAAAUGCAACAGAAGUUUUUAGAGGACCAGAUUGGGACCCACAGAAAAUCUAAAAAGGCCCUCUCUGCAAAACAGCGCACUGCGAAAAAAGCUGGACGGGAGUUCCCAGAGGAAGAUGCAGAACAGCUGAAACAUGUGACUGAACAGCAAAGUGUGGUUCAAAAGCAAUUAGAACAGAUACGGAAGCAACAGAAAGAACAUGCUGAACUCAUUGAGGAAUAUCGUGUCAAGCAGCAACAACAGCAAGAGCGCCUCCAGCCUGGUGUGAUGGGUCCAAUGAAGGUUAUUCCAGGAAUGCCAGGACAGGCCCCUGGAAUGAUGCCUGUUGGACCCCCCAUAGGGCAGCCUAUGAUGGGUUCUGUGUUGCCAGUGCAACAACCCCACUUUGGUAAGCCUACUCGCAUGCCCAGUGUGCCAGGUUGGCAUCCAAGUGCUGCUGGACCAAUGGGUGGACCCAGGAUGCCACCUCACCUACCCCCUCAAAUGCCACUGCCUAACCUCACUCAGCCUCUUCAGGCACAGCCACCUCCCUCUAUGGUUCCAGGUGGUAAACCUGAUCAGCCUGGCCCUGUAGGUGGAAGUAAUGGUGGAGGAUCCAGCAGUAGUGCCCCUCAUGUAAAGUUUGAUGAUAAUAAUCCAUUUAGUGAAGGCUUCCAGGAGCGGGAGCGCCGAGAGCGCCUUCAAGAGCAGCAGGAAAAACAGCGGGUGCAGCUCAUGCAGGAAGUGGAAAGACAAAGGGCUUUGCAGAGGCUAGAACUGGAGCAGCAGGGCUUGGGGCUUGGCCCUGACAACAGUGGGGGUGGUCUUGCCCAGAUGCCCUUCUAUAAUUCUGACCUAUCACAGGAAUUCAUGCAGACACCCAGGCCUCAACAGCAACAACAGCAAAUGGGCCCAGUGUUCCCUCAAAAAGGAAAUAUGCCAUUAGACUUUGUAGGUCCAGGUCCAGCCUUUUUGCAAGGUGGCGAGCACAGACCUAUGCCUGUGAAUGGCUCCUUUGGCCCAGAUAUGGGUCCUAAUUUUCAAGCUAAGAACCCCAUGAUGCAUGGUUUCUCCCCAGGUCAGCCACGUGCACCUGGGUUUGGAGGGCAUGGAAUGCCACCCCACAGUGGAGGUGAAGGUUCCUCAUUUGGUAUGGAUUCCACAACCCCUUUACCUCCCAAUUUCCCUGGGUCAGGGCAGUCCCUCAUCCAACUCUACUCCAACAUCAUCCCUGAGGAGAAGGGCAAAAAGAAAAGAAGUCGAAAGAAGAAGCUGGAUGAUGAUGCAGAUUCGGGCAAAACUCCUUCCACACCACAUUCUGAAAUAACUGCCCCACUUACGCCAUGUGUAUCAGACACCUCUUCAACCCCUACACGUAGUGUUGCCAUCAUGGGAGACCAGGACACUUCAGAGUUUUCCAACCCCGUAAGUUAUAUGACUGCCCAGCCACCAUCCUCGGAGCUGGAGAACCCAAUCCAUGGAGGUACUCCACUUGGGCGACAGUGCAGUGUGGGCUCUGAGGCAGAGCGAGGCCUCCUCCAUGAUAUCAAGCUGGAAAAGCUAGAAGCCAGUGUGUGCCAGAAGGCUGAGGGAGAGGCAGUGACUUGCGCAGGAGGAACUGGAAUAGUAAAGAUGGAAGAGGGCAAUGAGAUAAUCUCCCCCAGCCCACCAUCCCAGAAUCCAGCUCAGAGCACCAAAGUGGACACUGGAAAUGAGUUACUCAAACACCUUCUAAAGAACAAGAGCACGCCUCCCACUUCCUCAACACCUCUCAUACAUCAGAUGUCAAAUGACAGUAUACGAUCAGAGGAUGAGGGGCUAACAGACAGCAAAGGCUCUUUAAGACUGGACAGCACAGAUUCUUCGAGUGGCUUAAAUAGCCAUUUGACAGGCAAUCCAGAUUUGGAGCCUUCUGUGCCAGAGCAAUGCAAAAAAAAACAACGCAACAAGCGGACACCAAAGAAUGGGGCUGAGAAACCGCUGUCACGCUGGAAGAAGAGGAAGAAGGAUGAUAAAGAGAGACAAGCAGUGUACACCAACACAGACGCACUGAUGACUCAGCUCAAGCAGCAACUGUCUAUGCUGCCCCUGAUGGAGCCUUUGAUUGGGGUAAACUUUGCACAUUUUCACCCAUAUGGCAGUGGGCAGUUGAAUGGAGAGAACAGGCUCUCAGGAACUUUUGGAAGUGCAUCACUGAAUGGCGUAUCUGAUUACUACACGCAACUCAUCUAUAAGCAGAACAAUCUUAGCAAUCCUCCAACACCUCCCGCCUCACUGCCCCCCACACCACCACCUGUAACCAAGCAGAAGUUGUUGAAUGGUUUUGCCACUGCAGAAGAACUGACCAGGAAGGCAGAAGAUUUGGUUUCUAAAAGCUUGGGUCAGAAGCAGCACACUACUCCAUUCAAAGCUGAAGAUGACCUGCUGGGACACACCAUCACUCAUGGCCCAAAGACUGUUGAUGUUCCUGCUUCACUUCCCACUCCACCCCAUAACAACCAGGAGGAACUUCGGGGUCAGGAGCAUUGUGUCGACAGGGACACUCCAGACAGUUAUGUCCCAUCAUCCUCUCCUGAGAGUGUGGUUGGCAUGGAGAUCAGCCGUUAUCCAGAUCUCUCUAGAGUUAAAGAGGAACCGCCAUCCCCUGCUGUCUCUCCAGUCAUACCCAUACUUUGCAGUGCCAGUGGUAAAGGUUCUGAAGCCAGGCAGUGGGAAGUCAAGACAGAGCCUCCAAGCAGUUUCUUUGCAUCGCAAUUUGAACGGCUCUCUACAUGCUCACAAACUGACCUGGUAUCAGUAUCUGUUACCCUGAACCCAGUGGCAGCACAAAACAUUCAAGGAGUUGUGUCAGCACUGGCGAACAUGCUUUGUGUGUCCAUCCACGGGAACUUUGAGGUGAUUUGCUCUCCAGGCCCAGAGCACCGCAGCUCAAUAGACAUGUUGAGUGGACUUAAGGUACCCCCUCAAACUGCCCUGUUCCAACAACAAGCUGGUAUGAGGUUCCACAGACCACCAGGUGCCCCACUAUCACACCAGACCUUCAGGGAGGGUUCAAUUGUGGUCAGACCAGACUAUCAUUUGGGUGGAAGCAGUCCAGGGCCUAAACCCCAGUGGUGCUCCAAUUGCAGGGUGGUGGUUCUUGGAAAUGGCGUUCGGAAGUCCACCAAAGACCUGCUAAUAAAUAAACAGGGCCAUGGAGGAGCUGAGGGGACCCUUGUCUUCUGCAGCCAUAAUUGCUUUGUUCUCUAUUCAGCGGCCAUGCAGACUAAAUUGGUAGAUGGCAAGUCAAACUUGUCUCCAACAUCUGACUCUGAAGACAAGCAGAAUUCUACUAAGGUGCUUCAUCAAUACAGUAACAAUAUAUCAGAUCUUGAUGUGCACUGUUUGGCCCAGCUCCAACCUAAGCAGUCUCCACCUUCAACUCCGAUAAUAUCCUUCCCCUCCAUUACUUCUGAGACACUCAGAGGAGAUAGCAAAUCUGAUACACUAAAGGUCACAGUCAAGCUAAAGCCUCGGCCACGAGCAGUACACAACAGUGGGGAUGACCCUCGGUAUUUAAUAGGAAAGCGCUUUAAGGCUCUACGAUGGAGAAAGUGGAGCAUUCAAAUUAUGGUGCCUAAGGGUAACUACCACCUGCCGGAGGAGGAAGAGGUUGAUGAACUACUGAAAAAACUGGGGAUGUCUCUUAGGCCUGAGCCCAUGCCCAGAGACUUGCGCCGCUGCUGCUUCUGCCAUGAAGAAGGUGACGGGCGCACUGAUGGGCCGGCCCGUCUGCUUAACCUUGAUCUGGACUUAUGGGUUCAUCUUAACUGUGCCCUGUGGUCUACUGAAGUCUAUGAGACCCAGGCUGGAGCUCUCAUUAACGUCGCGUUGGCCCUGAGGAGAGGCCUGUUGGUGCGCUGUGUGUACUGUCAGCAAAUGGGCGCCACAAGUGGCUGCCACCGCUUGCGUUGCAUUAAUGCGUACCAUUUCACUUGCGCCCUUAAAGCACAGUGCAUGUUCUUCAAAGACAAGUCUAUGCUGUGCCACCUCCACAGACCCCGAGGAACUGGCUCAAUGGGAGGUGGGCUGGCAGGGACUGAGCAUGAACUCCGCUGCUUUGCAGUGUUCCGCAGGGUCUAUGUACAGAGGGACGAGGCACGGCAGAUCGCCAGCAUCAUACAGAGGGGUGAGCGGGAGCACACCCUCCGUGUAGGCAGCUUGGUAUUCCAUGCUGUCGGUCAGCUGCUGCCUCAGCAGAUGCAGGCCUUCCACUCGAUGUCUGCCAUUUUUCCUGUGGGCUACGAGGCCAGCCGGAUCUACUGGAGCAUGCGUCAUGGCAACCGUCGCUGCCACUAUGUGUGUUCCAUCGAUGAGAAAGACGGCGAACCUGAUUUUAUCAUCCGUGUAGUGGAGCAGGGUUACGAUGACUUAGUUCUUACUGGAUCCUCGCCAAAAAGUGUGUGGGAUAAAGUUCUGGAGCCCGUGGCUGAGAGAAGAAAUGAGACGGGAUCUCUGAAGCUCUUCCCAGUUUACCUGAAGGGAGAGGAUCUGUUUGGACUAACUGUAUCUGCUGUUACCAGGAUUGUAGAAUCUCUUCCUGGAGUUGAAGCAUGUGAGCAGUACACGUUCCGUUAUGGCCGUAACCCACUGAUGCAGCUGCCCUUGGCCAUCAACCCUUCUGGAUGUGCCCGCUCUGAACCAAAAGCUUGCACACAUAUCAAGAGGUUCGUGUUAAGGCCUCAUACCCUCACCAGCAGUAGCUCCUCUAAGACCCUGCAGAGCACUGGGAACCCGGCUGAGAUGGGUGUUGCCCCAUACAGCAAGCAGUUUAUCCAUUCCAAGUCCUCUCAGUACCGUCGAAUGAAGGCUGAGUGGAAGUCCAACGUCUACCUGGCUCGUUCACGCAUACAGGGUUUAGGGCUAUACGCUGCUAGGGAUAUUGAGAAGUACACCAUGGUUAUUGAAUACAUUGGUACCAUCAUUCGCAAUGAGGUGGCAAACAGAAAAGAGAAGAUGUACGAGGCACAGAAUCGUGGAGUCUACAUGUUUCGCAUUGAUAGUGAGCAUGUAAUUGAUGCGACUAUUUCAGGAGGACCUGCCAGGUAUAUCAACCACUCCUGUGCACCCAACUGCAUUGCUGAGGUUGUAAGCUUUGAGAGAGGUCACAAAAUCAUCAUCAGCUCCAACCGCCGAAUCCAGAGAGGCGAAGAGUUGUGUUAUGACUACAAGUUUGAUCUGGAGGACGAUCAGCAUAAAAUCCCUUGUCACUGUGGUGCAGUUAACUGUCGGAAAUGGAUGAAUUGAAAGAUAUCAGUGAAACGAUUGACAAUUGAACAUACACAUUCCUUUUUAGUAUUUUUUUAGGCCCGGGAAAUUACUUCAAUUCUGAUUUUUAUAUAUAAAAUGACAACAAAAAAAAAAAAACUUUGUUAGGGCAUGAUGUAGGACGCAGGACUGUAGGUGCUUUUAAAGGCAUAUCGGCCUGGUGUUUAAAAUUAAAACGACUCCAGCGGUCUGUUUUGGUUCAGUGUCUAAGAUUUGAUGUAGUAGUAUGAUUGAGCACCUUCACCUAAAAUAAAAUAGGCUGCACACUGGUAACUCUGAAUUGCUAAGACAAUGUAAAUGAAAAUCUAUUUUUCCUGCAUGCUCUCAUUUUGAUGAGACGAUGUGCUUCGGCAGAGUGGUAAACAGGAUUUUCAGGUUGGCUUAGGCUUGAAAGUGCUGGCCACGGCCUUAUUUAGAAAUAAAGAGGCAGGUCCUCUGGGUAAAA